AAUAGUCAAUGACAUUUAUGAUUGGUGAUAGAUAUUUCUUGUAGCUUUUAAAUUAAUUUGAGCUAAAUUUUUCAAAAUGCUUAAAAUUGAACAAUGUCGUCUUAAUGUAAUAUUUUCGUUGAUGUAAUGGAGCAACCGUUACCAAAGGGAAGAAAAUCUUUAAAUACUAAACACGGACACCUCAAAACAUCUACAUACGCCAUAUUUAUUUUAUUGACUCUUCUCUUUGGGUUUAUAUUCCAAUGUCCUUUAGGAGAUCCCUGCAAGCAUUUUACAUUAAUCAAGGAACAGUAUUUAUCCUUGCAGUCUGAUAAAGGAAGCGAGUAUAUUUGUGAAGCAUACAAAUUAUUUAUUGAAGGAAUGAAAAAAGGUCUAGAAAUGUGUCAAUAUCUAUUUCGACUGUUUCGAGAUGUUUUAUAUCAACUUAAAAUUAAGAUUUACAAAGUAUUGUCUCUAUUGGAUCCGGAUGACUUGUGUCACUACGCGUGUUUUGGUACCGCGGAAUAUAAACCUAUGAAGAAAAUAAGAAACAAGUCAUCGAUGUGAACAAAUAAUCUAAGUUUUUGUCUAAAACCUAUUGUAACCAAAUUUAUUGUCAUAAUACAUCGAUUUAAAUAGA